AUUCCUUCAGUAUCGUGGGACGACGUUGGCGGCUUUGAGGAAACAAAAAGGCUUAUCAUCGAGAGCAUUGAGGCAAAUCUUCAAGGCUCUCGACUACAGAGGUCGGGCAUUAUGUUGUUCGGACCGCCUGGAUGUGGAAAAACGCUCAUUGCCAAGGGUCUGCUCUCUCGUUAUUCCGAGAAUAUAGCAAUUACACCUGUGGCAACGGAAUUCAAAAUCGCCUUUUUGAGCGUCAAAGGACCUGAGCUCCUGAAUAUGUACGUUGGCCAAAGUGAAGAGAACGUGCUUUUUGAAAGAGCACGACAAGCUUCGCCAUGUGUAGUAUUUUUCGACGAGAUCGACUCACUCGCUCCCAAUAGAGGUCGCAACGGAGACGCGGGCGGAGUGAUGGAC